UUGGCGGUCACCUGACUUUGUGAGACAUUCGAUUGGGGUCUGGGGCCGCCAACCGUAAAGGGACGACGGCGUCCUCCCUUCAGAGCAAAACCCGCCCGUUGUCGCUGGUCCCCAGGCAGCCUGGACCGCAGAGCCGGAGCUCAAGGGCGCCUGCAGCGCACCUGCCCCCGCGCACCUGCCCGCCCUCCCCGCCGCCGGCCUGCCCCCGGGGCGUGUCGCCCAGGGGUCCGCCCAGUCCUUGCGAGGCUGCCUCGGUCGCCCUGAGCUGCGGCCCAGGGUCCGGAGGGUCCGGAGGGUCCGGAGCCGCAGCUGGAAGAUGCGCCCCGCGGCUGCCGGCACCCUGAAGGCAGCGUUCUUCAUCUUCGCCUCCCUGUGUGCCUGGUAUUCUGGGUACCUGCUGGCAGAGCUCAUUCCAGAUUUGCCCCUGUCCAGCGCCGUCUACAGCAUCCGGAGCAUCGGUGAGAGGCCUGUCCUCAAAGCCCCAGCCCCAAAAAGGCAAAAAUGUGACCACUGGACCCCGUGUCCCCCAAACACCUACGCCUACCGGUUGCUCAGUGGUGGUGGCAGGGACAAGUAUGCCAAGAUCUGCUUUGAGGAUGAGGUGCUCAUAGGAGAAAAGACUGGAAAUGUUGCAAGGGGAAUAAAUAUUGCCAUUGUCAACUAUGUGACUGGGAAAGUGACAGCAACACAGUAUUUUGAUAUGUACGAAGGAGAUAACUCUGGACCGAUGACGAAUUUUAUUCAGAGCGCUCCCUCGAAGUCCCUGCUCUUCAUGGUGACCCACGAUGAUGGUAGCAGCAGACUGAAGGAGGACGUUAAGAGGGCCAUAGAAGCCCUGGGAAGUAAAGAGAUCAGGAACAUGCGGUUCAGGUCGAGCUGGGUAUUUCUUGCAGCAAAAGGCUUUGAACUUCCUGCAGGAAUUCAGAGAGAAAAGGUCAACCACUCAGAUAAUGUGAAGAACAGGUAUCCGGGCUGGCCUGCAGAGAUCCAGGUAGAAGGCUGCAUACCAAAAGGACCAAGCUAACGUUGCCCGGCCUCAAUAAAUGUGCUUUUUAUAGACAAAUGCGUCCCGAAUGGACCACAACUCUUAUCCAACUGUCAAUAUUUGAUGAGUAUUUUGGGUUUGUCGUCAACCAACCGACCAAAAUAUUUGCCAGUCGUGUAAAAUCUUGUCACACAGACUUUUUUACGCCAGUGUUUAUAGAGUGAAGGUAAUGAGCCGGACAGCUGAAAUGCAUGGGAAUUGUUCAAGGGGAUGCAGUGACUUCACCUUGAAAGGAGAGGAUGGGGGGGAAGCAGCCACUGCUUGUGCAGCUGCGGAGCCAUUUUACGAUUGGAUCUAUGUUUGACCCCUGUGGUCCAGACAGCUCUGCAGAGAGAAAACCUUUAUUCCCCGAUCACCGAGCACACCCUCCUUUUGGACGGUCACCUCUCAGGAUAAGCAGCAGUCAGAGGGCUUAGCCACCUUCCUGGGUCAACCCCAGGUGAGCUCUUGAGCUCCCCCUGCAGGUCCCUGAACUUAUUCAUUCCACAAAUCUGGGUGCGCCUAACUUGGGCACCAGCGGUGCGGUAGU